GAGCCAAAAGUGAACCGAGGAAAAGCAGGUGUGAAACGAUCUGCAGCGGAGAUGUACGGCUCCUCUUUUGACUUGGACUAUGACUUUCAACGGGACUAUUAUGAUAGGAUGUACAGUUACCCAGCACGUGUACCUCCUCCUCCUCCUAUUGCUCGGGCUGUAGUGCCCUCGAAACGUCAGCGUGUAUCAGGAAACACUUCACGAAGGGGCAAAAGUGGCUUCAAUUCUAAGAGUGGACAGCGGGGAUCUUCCAAGUCUGGAAAGUUGAAAGGAGAUGACCUUCAGGCCAUUAAGAAGGAGCUGACCCAGAUAAAACAAAAAGUGGAUUCUCUCCUGGAAAACCUGGAAAAAAUUGAAAAGGAACAGAGCAAACAAGCAGUAGAGAUGAAGAAUGAUAAGUCAGAAGAGGAGCAGAGCAGCAGCUCCGUGAAGAAAGAUGAGACUAAUGUGAAGAUGGAGUCUGAGGGGGGUGCAGAUGACUCUGCUGAGGAGGGG